ACAGCCCGGUCCAGCCCGGUAAUAGCUCGGUAACAGCUCGGUCCAGCCCGGUACGGCCCAGAGGCUCCGAACUGCGCGGGGGCCGCUCCCGGUACGGAGCAGUGACCGGUAACGCCUCCCAGCUGGGCCCGGGCGCUCCCCGGUGACCUCCGGAGACCCUCGGCCAUGGGCGAGCGCAAGGGCACCAACAAGUACUACCCCCCCGACUUCGACCCCGCCAAGCAUGGCUCCCUCAACAAGUACCACCGCAGCCACCCCCUGCGCGAGCGCGCCCGCAAGCUCUCCCAGGGCAUCCUGGUCAUCAGGUUCGAGAUGCCCUUCAACAUCUGGUGCGACGGCUGCCAGAACCACAUCGGGAUGGGCGUCAGGUACAACGCUGAGAAGAAGAAGGUGGGGACCUACUACACCACCCCCGUGUACAGGUUCAGGAUGAAGUGUCACCUGUGCGUCAACUACAUCGAGCUGCAGACGGACCCCGGGAACUGCGACUACGUCAUCGUCAGCGGCGCCCGGCGCAAGGAGGAGCGCUGGGAGCCCGGCGACAGCGGCCAGGUGCUGCCCACCACCCCGGAGCAGCGGGAGCGCCUGGCCAUGGACGCCAUGUUCCGCCUGGAGCACGGCGUGUCGGACCGGGGGGUGCUGGAGCGCGCCACCCCCGCCCUGGCGCGCCUGCAGCAGGCCCAGCACGCCUGGAAGGACGACUUCGGCCUCAACAGCCGCCUGCGCCGGCGCUUCCGGGAGGAGAAGAAGACGCUGAAGGAGGAGGAAGAGGAGGCGGCGGCGCUGCGGGCGAAGGCCGGGCUCAGCAUCCCUCUGCUCCGCGAGGAAGAGGAGGAUCGGCGCCUCGCCGCCCUGCUCACCCUCCGCGCCCCCGAUUCCUACGAGGAGAAGCAGCGGCUGAAGCGCUCCGAGAUCUCCCAGCGCUCCUGGUUCAGUCCCCGGGCGGCCGGGGGGGCGCUCCAGAAAUUGGGGCUGGGGUCGCCACGGGCGCCGAGGGCACCCCCGGGACCCCCCGCGACCCCCGCCGGGCUCGGCAUCGUGCGGAGGAAGGCGGCGGAGGAGGGGGGCGCAGCCGGCGUCACGGGAGACCCCCGAAAUUGGAGCGGACCCGCCCGGUGCCGCCCCUCGGGACCCCCCCGGUGCCGCCCCCCAGGCUGGGGGGGCUCCCCGGGACCCCCCCGGUGUCGCCGCCCCCCCCCGCCCCAUCCCUCGUCGCCGACUAUUCGGACUCCGGUUCCGAGAGCCCCUGAGCGGGGUUUAGGGGCGCCGGGACCCCCCAAAACCGGGGGGGGGGGGGCUGAUCUGGGGGGGGGGGGGUCCUGAACCCCCUGCCCCCCC